CCAAGGCGGUAGACGGCAGUAUAGUGCGACAAGGCCACGCCUGGGGUGCCGUUUGACAGCAAGGUACCGAGAGCUUCUUGUUUUCAAAGCUCAUUAAACAAUUCGACACGCUCCGAUUUCGGAUGACUCGUUUAUUGGAAUGAUUGCAGCUUUAGCGCUUCCAAUGUGCAUUUUGUUACUGUCGUUGGGGGCGGACCUACGUUGAUUCCGUAUGUUUUUCCACGCCUAGCUAUUUAACCUCUGCUGCUCAGUCUGCAAGCCGAGCUACAGGACGAGCCAGGAAGUAAGAGGCACCUCUGUGGUCGAUCGAGCAUGGAGCCUGUACUGCACCGGGUUCGGCACAAGGUCUUCUCGAGCCUCCAUAGAGUAGGACUACUUUCCCGCAGGAGACAUUCGGGCUUUGCUGAACCCGUUGCUGCGCCUGCAUCCUCUCACAGCAGGCAAAUGAAACCCCCACUCCUGGUCUCUCGUCUGUAUCAGCCGUCAAACCUGCGUGACAUGGGCCCAGACAAUCGAAUGCAAGGAGAACUUACCUGUAAGAGCCAGAGGCUCAUGCAGCAGGCAGGACUCAUUCAUCCUUUCAAUCCAGGGUGCUUCUAUUACCUUCCUGCCACUGUGCGCGCCAUGGAGAAACUGGUGAGAGUGAUCGACCAGGAAAUGCAGCAGAUAGGUGGGCAGAAAUUGGACAUGCCCGGUUUGUGCUCCGCUGAUCUGUGGAAAAUCAGUCAGCGUUGGGACUUGAUGGGAAAGGAGCUGUUCCGACUGAAAGAUCGCCAUGGUGUCGACUACUGUUUGGGACCCACACAUGAAGAGGCCGUGACCCAUCUGGUGGCUCACCAGACCGCUCUGUCUUACAGGCAGCUGCCUCUACUCUUGUACCAGAUAACCCGCAAAUUCCGAGAUGAGCCAAAGCCGAGGUUUGGUCUUCUUCGAGGACGGGAGUUCUACAUGAAGGACAUGUACUCUUUUGAUAUCAGUGAGGAGGCCGCUUAUGAGACCUAUGAAUCUGUGUGCCACGCGUACACUCGGGUCUUCGCGCGACUGGGCCUGCGUUGCGUGCAAGUGCAGGCUGACACGGGGAACAUGGGUGGAAAACUCUCGCACGAGUUCCAGCUCCCAGCAGACAUUGGUGAAGACAGGCUUCUGGUCUGCAGGAGUUGCUCCUUCUCUGCCAAUGCAGAGACGAUGCUGUCUGACAGAAUUGACUGCCCACAGUGCAAAACUGGUACCCUUUCUGAGUCCAAGGGCAUUGAGGUUGGCCACACCUUUUACCUGGGUAAAAGGUAUUCUGACAUGUUUAAGGCCGUAUUCAGCAAUGCUCAAAACAAGCAGAGUGUUGCAGAAAUGGGCUGUUACGGCCUCGGAGUUACACGUAUUCUCGCUGCAGCCAUCGAGGUGAUGUCAACAGAUGAAAGUAUCCGCUGGCCGGGUCUUCUCGCACCUUACCAGGUUUGUGUUUUGCCCCCCAAGAAGGGCAGCAAGGCAGAUGAGGCAACAGGUUUAGCUGAAGAUCUCGUUCACACAUUAGGACAGACUGUCCCUCAUCUUAGAGGUGAGAUUGUUUUUGAUGACCGCACCCAGAUGACCAUCGGCAAGAGGCUGAAGGAUGCCAGCCGACUGGGCUACCCAUAUGUCGUUGUGAUUGGACAGGGGGCGCUGGAGGACACACCCAGGUUUGAGGUGAUCUGCCAGCUGACCGAUGAGACAAUGUUUUUAAGUAAGGAGGAUUUAUUUUGUCUUUUGGGAAAAGUGGAAAUCGUGUGAUUGAAAUCAGGUCUGAGAUGGUCCUCAGUUUUAAAUGAAUGAGCUGCAUAAAAGUGUGGUGUGGAAUGUGAAUCAAAUAAACAAGGAUAUUGUGGAGUGUUAAUUAAUGGCUGAGAACAACUGGAAAUCGUGUACUAAUGCUUUCUGUCUGCAAGACAUGAUAAUGUAUCUCUUGAACAGUAUUAUUCAGAAUACGCUGGAAUGCCAGUGGACCCAACCACUGUGACGAAAGGUGUUGCCAUUCCCUUCCAUAAAAUAAAUUUGAUUUUUGUUU